UCUCUCCCCCCUCUUGGCCAUCUGUCUUUUCUUACCACAGGAGGAAACCACACUCUGUUGCUCUUCCUCGCCCGUUCUCUCUGCCUUUUUUAACCUCGUCAUCCUUUUCUUUCUUCCUGUCUCUCCCCUGGUUACUGGAUCAAAGCUAGUGUUUCUCUACGAAGAUACCGCUUCUCAGUGUUAGUUUGGAAACAGAGGAGAGAGACAUUUAAGCCAGUGGUGGGAGAGCACCUGUUGACAUCAGCAACAGCAGUGGAAUUCUUACUGGACCGACACCUGGAGUUCCUGUCCGACCAUACAGCCUACCAACCAUACCAGGAUGAGGUGGACAGUCAAAACCCAGUGUUAAGAGACAACCCUCAGCUUCAUGAAGAAGUGAAGGGCUGGCUUAAAGACCAGAAGGUGCAGGAAAUUUUUAUGCAAGGUCCCUAUUCAUUAAAUGGCUACCGUGUGCGUGUGUAUAGACAAGACUCAGCCACCCAGUGGUUCACUGGUAUCAUUACACAUCACGACCUCUUCAGUCGAAACAUGGUUGUUAUGAAUGACCAGGUGCUAGAGCCUCAGAACGUGGAUCCAUCUAUGGUCCAGAUGACCUUUCUGGAUGAUGUGGUCCACUCUCUGCUGAAAGGAGAAAACAUUGGCAUUACCUCCAGGCGAAGGUCACGAUCCAGUCAGAACAACAACACUGCCCAUAUGGCGGGAGGGAGACCCGGCGGGACCACUGGCAACACUCAGAGUCAUUACACACGAGCCCAAGCUAACAGCCCUCGUCCCAUCAUGACACCAUUAGGCCCCAACCCUAAAGGCUCCCAGGGUAUGCUUGCUUCCCAACAACUGAGCCAGUCACAGCAAAGUCAGCAACCAGCCAGCCAAUCACACCACUCACCUGGUGGCAGUGGGCGGGAGCAGAGAGAGCAGCGCAACUCCCGUUCUUCCAGGAGGAAGGGAUCAGAUAGCAGUGUUCCAGAGGAGGAAAAGGACAGAAGGGAAGAGACCACGGGUCGAGACUCUAAAUCCAAGGCGAAGCAGUCUGUAAACAAACGCAGGAAGGGUGAAGAAGAUGAAAAGAAGGCGGGUCUAAAGCGGCUGAAGACUGACAUGACGUCUGAUCUAUCAGAAAGUAGCGACUCAGAAAACCCUCACAAUAAGAGAGCCACCCACUCAUCUUGCUCUUCUUCGUCGUCGUCCUCCUCCUCCUCCUCUUCCUCCUCCUCCUCCUCUUCUUCCUCCUCAGAGCCCAACUCUGAGAAUGAGCUAAAGACUCGCAGCAAUGUGAAACCAAGUGCCAUUUCUAAAAUGGAGGAGGACGAGAAGCCACUUCUGCAGGGACCCAAAAUGAAUGAUUCCUCAGCACUCAUUGGCUGCCUGUCCCCAUGGGCGGAGCUUCAAGUAACAGAGGAUAUUAAGAAGAGCGUAGUUAAGGAGCCAAGCAAAAUGUUAACAAAGGAGGAUGAGGAGUUGGUAGCAGUAACACAGAUCACCCAGUCUCCACGGCAACAGACGCCGCUAAUGUCUGAUGUCGUCCAGGGCGGCAUUAUGGAGAACAGCAAGAACGCUGUGAAAGCAUCAUCUCGAUCCCAGACACCAUCGCUGUCCCACCUCCACAGUAGCAGUGUGAUUGACAUCACAGAUGAUGCCCAGGCCACUGUGCACCGUGAGAGUUCAGAGGCUGUGUCAGCACUGCUUGCCUCCCAGAAGGCCGAAUCCACAGCCCUCUCACCUUACCUCCCUCUCAACCCCUCACCUGUCUCCUCACCACCUGUUGCUCCAUCUCCCUCACCAUCAGAGGGAGGCCGCAGGAUAGAGAUUGAACCUCCAAUGCAGCAGCAAGGCAUUCUGGGAGGUGGCAUUACAACAGCCAAGAGCUUAAGCAGCAAGUUGGAGUUUGCUCCCUCUGAGAUCAUCAGGCCUGUUACAUCGAUGGCUGAAAAUGUAAUGCUGGUGGAAAAGGAGAAAAAUAUCCUUCCUCACCAUCUUCAUUAUCAACAUCAACAACAACAGCAACAACAUCAUACACUACAACCACAACACUAUACACCUUUUCACUCUGGUAUCAAGAGUCCAUCUUUAUCUGAAGAGUCAAGAAAACACCUUCAACAGCAACCGGCCCCCCACAAGAUGAACACAGUCCUCCCUCCUGAUAUUUCUAAAUCUCAAAUGAGCCCCAGCCCGAACCCCAACUCUGCUCAUGUGGACUCCCUAAAACAGAAAUCCCAGCACCCCAACAGCUCUCAGAGCCCUGUCUACCCAAACACAAACCCAGCUGAUCUUGUUAAAGCUAAGCCUCAUCCAGGCCUGCUGGACAUUUGUAAACCUAAACCCAACACCUCCCCAGAGGUAUCUAAGCAUAAAAUACCAAGGUAUUCGGAUACCUCCCCACCUCCAUCUGGCCGUUUGCCCAUUAAAAUGGAGUCAUCAGAACCUCCCCGGUCUUCUUUCAAGCCAGUGCUGUCAGAGUCAGGUGGAGUCGGUACAAGCAGCAACACCAAGAGUCCGCUGAUUAUUAAGAAGAAUGAGCCCUUCACUGUUUACAGAGACCCAGCACUUAUUCGCUCAGACGCAGAGAAUUCUGCCUCUGCAACAGUCUCUUCCAACCACGUGGCAGCCUAUCUCCAUCCCCACCUGCACACACUGCACUCCCCCCACUCACCCUGCCUCACCCCUGCAUCACACCCCCAUGCAGCUUCCCAUCUCCUUGCCACUCCUCACACCUCAGCCUUACCUCACCCUCACCUUUUACCUUCCACUGUGCUCCCAGCCAUGGCGCCUCCUGCAGCAUCUCUCCACCCUCGGCUCGACUCUCCGGGCAGUUUGGGUCACCUUCCUCUGCCCCACCCGACAGCCACACACCAGCAACAGUUCCUACAGAGUCAGGGCCAUCCUUCACCGUCUCUUCUAGCCCAGGCUCACAGUGGGGCUGCCGGACUCGGCCUGUACCCAAUCCUUUGGCAGUACCCCAACGGAACGCCAACUUCCUACCCCCCAGGGCUCAACAUUUCCCCUGCAGCAAAGUGGGUCCACCCUGAAAAUCCUGUCACUGUGAAUUCUGAGGCCUCUCUCAGGAGGAAUACUGCCAGUCCAUGGCUUCACCAGGCUGCUGGUAGUGCUGGUGACAGUUUGGGAUUGCUGAGCCACGUUCCUGUCCGGCCAGCCAGCGCUGAUGCCCACCGCCCCCCUGUCAAGAUCACCCACACAAGCCCUCCACUGUCAAAGGCCAGUGUGGAUCUUCAUAAAGAGACAGUGACACUGGCACAGCUGAAACAGGAGCAGACAGACAGAAGUCGCACUCCGACAGGAAAAGAUGUCCACCUACACCGCAUUUACCUAGAUCCCCACAGCAAGCCUCGUCUGACGAAUACACAGGAGGCACUCCAGGCAGCAGACCGAGCCAGUAAAUACAAAGAGGAAAAUCGUCAAAUCCUGAAAGAGAGCAUUGAGGUUGCUCCUUUCACUGCUAAAAUCCAGCGCUCCACUGACCCUGUGAUGGAUAGGGACAGAGAGAGAAGUAGAGAUCCAAGCUUUUCUAUUCGGAUACCAGGUCUUCCCUCACCAAGCCUCAAGACUGGCCACACCCUCCCUCAUACCGUGCAGUCAGAAAAGAGCAACUAUUACACCACACUGUCUAACAGCGUAGUGAAUGAGCCUCCAAGACUCUACCCCUCCAAGGAUGUCAGUUCUUACUAUGAGAAAGUGUCGAUUGGAGCCCCAGGGGUUGUAGCCAGUGUUGGGGCCUCUGUACAAAGCUCAGGAGCUCUGUCAGUGGGCAGCUACAGCUCCAGUUCCAAAAACUCACUCUCCAAGCCCCCUCCCCUGAUUAAGCACCAGCCAGAGGGAGGAGAAGGUUUAGCAGGAAAAAUCACUGAGCAGCUUAGCCAGCAGGUGACCCUCAUCCAACCACAGCAUCAGCACCACACAAGCGUAGACAGGAUAGACCAUCGCAGCUCUGCUAUUUCUCCUCCUUCCUCGUUAUCCUCCUCUUCAUCCUCAGCCUCUAACCAUCACCAUCACCACCAUCAGCAGCAGCAGCAGCAGCAACAACAGCUCAGGGCAAUGCCAUCUCUCCACCGAGCACCUGUCUUCCAUCCACCCACACAGCACGCGCUGGAACGCAAAGAGGCUGUAGAGAGAGAAAGAGCAGCUCAUGGUGGACGCCUGUCUCCACCAACCCUCACACCGAUUCAGCCAGUUAGCUUACUUGUAACUGGUAGCAAAACAUCAGCAGAGCAGCAGAAGCCCCCUACAUUGCUGCCGGAGCUCAGGGACAUCAAAGGUCAUGGAGCUGUCAUCACCUCUGUGGCCUCUGCCAUCCCCAGGGAGAUUCUGACUUUGUCAACAGAUGGGCGCAAAGGCAGAGAGAUGAUAGAGGAAAGAGGAGGGGUGUGCUCUGGAGAUAAAGGGUUGUCAAAAAAGCCCCAAUCAGCAAUGGCAUCAGUCAUUGUACGAUCAUCUAUGAAUUACGACAGUCCUGUUGGUGCUAAGAAAACUGGUGCUGUUAUCCAUAAAGAGCUCCCCCAGGGGAGGUUCUACACAUCCAAGCUUCAGGAGGAAUGUCCUAGACUAGUGGAGGGUUUUACAGAACCUGCAGCAGGUAGGGUUAUUCAACACAACUCGAACCUGGAUGAUAUCUGUGUCCAGUAUAACAAGACGUCUAUGCGUGGUGUGCCAGGACCUAUGGGAGCUGGUGUUACAAACUCCGUGUGCAGGACUGCCAUUUCAGUCUCAUCAACUUAUGGAUUGCAGAGUAAAAGUGGGACAGCUACUUCUGAGCCAGUGUACUCAGCCUCAGCCCGGGGUGAGUUUGCAGCCCUUAAAACUGGCAUUGGUGGCCAGAUGCUCAGCCAUAUAGGACCAGAGACAGAGAAAGACCUGCAGGAGGACUUUGGCGCACACACAUCUCCAGGGGUGUCUAUGACUCCUACUAGUGUAGCAGGAGGACCUCACCCUGGCCCAAGCCUUACCCAAACACCUAGCUCAAUUUCUGGCUCUAGCCAGCCUUAUGCCCCUUCUUUUGUCCACCUCAAGAAGCACAAAGCUGCUUUAGCUGCAGCACAGUCCAGAAGCAACCUACCUACCCCUCCCACAUCAGUCACAACUGGAAAUUCUUCCUUAACUGUGGAUUCAGUUGAGAAAACCCCAGUUCCCAGCUCCCCUCCUCCACCCUCUACUAAUCAAGCCUCCUCAUUGCUGGCUGAUAGCAGUAGCAAUAGUUCGGCAAGCAGGAGCACAACACCAGGCAAGUCCAGCCCACUGCUUAACGGCCAGUCCCUGGGAUCAGCCUCAACAAGCUGCGCACAGUCCAGUAACUACCACAAGCUGAAAAAAGCCUGGUUAACCCGACACUCUGAGGAGGACAGGAACACAGCUACUACUACAUGCUCAAGUAUUAAGGUGGAAAAAAUUCCUAGCACCACUACCACAAGUAACACCACAGCUAUGUCAGAAAUGAUCAAGCCCUGUACAGUUAAUCUCAGUGCCUCCACCUCCAAUGAGGUGGAGAUGAGCAAAGAAAUUGGAAGCAAAGGUGAGAGGGAGAGACAACUGGAGGAAAAGGUGGUAGGAGGACCAGGAGGAGGAGGUGGGGAAGAGAAAAAAGUGGUGCCUUUAUCAAGGAGGGGGAACAAACGUGCAUAUGAGUCUGGUUCAGAGAGUGGUGGAGAUGAUUCUGACACCAGUGAGAGCAAGAUGGAGGGCCGAGCCAAGCGUCAACCUAAACCAACCUACAAGAAGAAGCAGAAUGACAUGGCCAAGAAGAAAGGAGACAAUGAAAAAGAGGAAGAUGACUUGAAGCCCAACAAUAUCUUCAGAUCAGCCCGAGAGAAGACUAAACUCAAACUUGCCAGCAGCAAUGGGAUCCCACGCUCUGUGCUUAAGGACUGGAGGAAAGUGAAGAAGCUGAAGCAGACAGGGGAGUCCUUCCUGCAGGAUGAUUCGUGUUCAGAAAUUGGACCCAACCUGCAGAAAUGUAGGGAGUGCAGGGUGGUCCGCAACAAGAAAGGCGAGGAGCCGGCUCACUCCCCUGUCUUCUGUCGUUUCUACUAUUUCAGACGGCUUUCCUACAGUAAAAAUGGAGUCAUCCGGAUGGAUGGCUUCUCCACUCCAGACCAGUUUGAUGAUGAGGCCCUCAGCUUGUGGGUCCCUGGGGCAAUGGAGGAGAGCCACCUGGACCAAACUACAGCCAAGUAUAUCCUAAGCUUCAUAGGAGACAAGUUCUGUCAGAUGGUUGCAACUGAGAAUACUGCAGCCAGCUGGAUUAAAAAGGAUGCCAAGCUGGCGUGGAAGCGAGCAGUGAGAGGAGUGAGGGAGAUGUGUGACGCAUGUGAAGCAACACUUUUCAACAUCCACUGGGUCUGUCAGAAAUGUGGCUUUGUUGUCUGCCUCGACUGCUACAAGGCCAAAGAAAGAAAGAGCUCCAAAGAUAAAGAGCUAUACGGAUGGCUGAAGUGUGUUAAAGGCCAGCCCCACGAUCACAAACACCUCAUGCCAACCCAGAUCAUCCCUGGUUCAGUGCUGACAGAGCUGGUGACAUCCAUGCACUCCCUCAGAGAAAAACACAGUGUUAAGUCUCACUGUCCCUGUAACAGCAAACAGAAUCUCCUCACCAAACUACCUGCCACCAACGGAGUCUCACAGGUUCUGCAAAAUGUUCUAAACCACAGCAACAAGCUGUCCCUGGUGAAAGCUGAGCCAGGCUCUCUGCAGAACUCUGACCUAGGAGGAACGAAGGCAGAAACUAAUGGAGGAGGUGGUGGAGGAAGCAGUCCAGGCAACGAUGCUGGAAGUGCUCCCGUCACCCCACCAGAGUCCCAGUCACCAUUACACUUCCUGGCAGACUUGGCAGAGCAGAAAUCCAGGGAAGAAAAGAAAGAAAACAAAGAGUCAGUGCUGCUGGAUAAAACUGUGAAGGAAGACAAGGAAGAGGACAGCCUGGAAGUCCUGCAGCAGUGUAAAACCCCCUCAUUGGGUAACAGUACAGAGCAGGGCUCCACACUCAGAGAUCUUCUCACCAGUACAGCAGGAAAGCUGAAGCUGGGUUCUACUGAUGCAGGAAUAGCCUUUGCACCGGUUUACUCCACUGCUUCACAGACUGGGAAGGGUGGACGGACCAUGCCCAAUAUUCUUGAUGACAUCAUUGCUUCAGUAGUAGAGAAUAAAAUCCCCGCCAGUCGCCAGAACAUUACCACCAAGUUGUCAAUAAAGCAAGAGCCGAUCACCCUGACCAACAGUAGCAACAAUCCUGCCCCAGCUGUUAUUGAGAAUGCCAAGCCAGAGAAGAAAAAGCCAGCGCCUUUUACUGCAGCAGAAUCGGAGGACUUAACCAGCCAGUAUCCAGACAUUCCCCACUGCUGGUUGAACAACAGACAAUUACUGUGGCUCAGAGAUCACCGCAACCAGAACAACUGGAAGCUCUUCAGAGAGUGCUGGAAACUAGGACAGCCUGUGUUGGUGUCAGGGAUCCAUAAGCGACUGAAUGCCAGUCUGUGGAAGGCUGACUCCUUCAACCAGGAGUUUGCAGACCAUCAGGGAGAUCUCCUGAACUGUAAAGACCAGGUGGUCUCUAACUCUGGGAUCAAGGAAUUCUGGGAUGGAUUUGAAGACAUCACCAAGCGACCAAAGUCGAAAGAUGGAGAACCCAUGGUCUACAGACUAAAGGAUUGGCCGUCUGGAGAAGAGUUCAUGGCCCUCAUGCCUUCAAGAUAUGAUGACUUGAUGAAGAACCUCCCUCUGCCAGAGUACUCUGAUCCAGAAGGGAACCUCAACCUGGCCUCUCACCUGCCUUCGUUCUUUGUCAGGCCAGAUCUUGGACCAAGACUCUGCUGUGCCUACGGAGUAGCUGCAUCUCAGGACCAGGACUUUGGGACUGCAAACCUCCAUGUGGAAGUUUCCGAUGUGGUCUCUGUUCUGGUCUAUGUUGGAAUAGCCAAAGGCAAUGGAGUCUUGUCCAAAACUGGCGUGUUGAAGCGUCUGGAGGAGGAAGAUCUAGAUGAGGGGGUUCGAAGGAGACUGAAAGACUCCAGUGAAACACCUGGGGCGCUGUGGCACAUCUACCUCAACAGAGACAUGGACAAAGUCAGAGACUUCCUGCACAAGGUCUGUAAGGAGCAGAGGUUGGACAUUUCACUGGACCAGGAUCCCAUCAGAGAGCAUGGCUGGUACCUGAGCAGGAAGCAGCGCCAGCGGCUGUUGGAUGAGCAUGGAGUUCAGGGCUGGACAGUAGUUCAAUUCCUGGGAGACUCUGUCCUUAUACCUGCAGGGGCCAUGCAUCAGGUCCAAAAUCUCCACAGCUGUGUUCAAGUCAUCAAUGACUUUGUGUCUCCUGAGCACGUGGACAACUCCUUCCACCUGACCCAGGAGCUACGGCCCAACAAAGAGGAGGUCAACUAUGAAGACAAGCUGCAGGUGAAGAACAUCCUGUACCAUUGUGUGAAGGAGGCAGUGAGCUCCCUGAAAACAAGCGGCUCUGAGAAAGACGAGGAGCACAACUCAUGAUGUCCUCUCAGCUUCAGCCUUCUACAGAUGCAACUCCCAUCAGUAACUCAUCCUCGCCACACCCUCCUCCUCUUUGCGUGGAGGUCUGCGUCUCAUGACCACAAUAAAUGGCUAAGUCAAAGCUGGUCAUGUGAUCCAGAGGACCUCACAGUGUGAACCGCACUCAUGUCACACAUCCAGUGGCCAGUAAAAGGCACAGCUACCUUUUUCAUCAUCCCAAACCUUUAGUGCCAAGAGGAGACUAAGUGAAGAGCAGCAAGCAGCUGGGCUGACUGGGAUGAAAGCUCCACAGGUUCCUAACAUGGAGUGAAGGAAGAAAGAAACGGAGGUGGCAUGCUGACUGGGAGCCUUCUUAAAGCCAGUCUGAUGGCGUGAAACAGUACUACAAACCUCCAAUGGGGAAAAAAAAACUGAACUCUGUUGCAUCCAGCUGAGAUGCAGUUUCCAUGGAGGCUCAGACUGUCUUGUAAGCAGCAGUGAUGGUGGAGCCACUGAGAGACAUGCUGACCCCCUGCUGUCCUCACCGCUUUGGGAUCAUAAAGGCAGGAGCUUUAAUCUGUGGCAGCAGCUCACACAGCAUUUUGGACAGAAGAUUUUGCUGAUCACAACAGCAUCACCAGCAGCAUCAGGAUCUAAACUGACAUCUCUGAUGUUUUCAAAAGGAAAUAAAAAAGAGAUUUUGGGGGGGAGCAGGUGGAAACCAGAGAUCUCAGAUGUUUCAGUCAGUAGCCUCUGCUGCUCCCUUGUUUGUUGUUCCUUCCU